AUGCUACGUCAUUUACCCAAGCUGGAUAUGUCGGCGAAGACGUCGACGUCUGUGUCCAGAGAUUGCUUCAAGCAGCAAACUGGGAUCCAUGCCGAGCCAGACGAAGUAGAUAAGAUUGGCCGCAAGUCGGGUUCGGGAGGCCCAGAAGGUACCCGAGACGUCGGUGGCGAAGGGGUCCAACAAGCCUUGCUCCGAAUGAUGGAAGGUUCAGUUGUGAGCGUGCAAGCCAAGGGCGUGCCUCCGGAGGCUGUACCGCCUGUCGGUGAGGUGCGCUCUCGGGCAGCGAGAGCAACCAGCCCUCUUGGCGCCGGUCGUCCGGAUACGUUCCACAUCGAUACGUCCAACGUGCUGUUCAUCCUGAGCGGGGCUUUCGUCGGUCUGGAUAACGUCAUCCGACGGCGUGUUGCCAAGGGUUCUAUUGGCUUCGGGGCCAACCUUGCCCCAGUCUCAAACGACCAACCGAAGAGUUCGCUUCCUUUCUUCACACCUAAUAAGCGACCAAAGGACGACGUUCUGCAGCAGAUUGAGCCUCAAGAUCUCAUACAAUAUGGCUUUAUCCCAGAGUUCAUCUCGCGAUUACCGUCUAUCACGACAUUGGCACCGCUAUCAGUAUUAGAUCUGCGGCGGAUCUUGACUGAUGUCAAAGGAUCGCUGGUGUCACAGUACACUGCACUUUUUGGGUACUCGGGUGUCGAGAUCCGGUUCACGAGCAAGGCCUUGGACGAGAUCUGUCAAAAGGCCGCGGAUAGAGGCGGCGGCGCUAGAGGCUUGAGGGGAAUCAUGGAAACGUUGCUCUUGGAGCCUAUGUAUGAAGUCCCCGGUUCAAACAUCCGACACGUACUGAUUACGGACCCCGUUGUGCGAGGCGAGACAUCGCCUCUCUACUGGAGAUGGGGAGAAGGCGCAGAAUUCUGGUCGGCUUGGGCAGAGGAGGAGACACGCUGGGAGAAGGAGACGCGUUGA